ACUAACAGUAAUAAAUAUACUAAGACUAGGGUUAAUAAGUAUCAAAUAAUUGAAAAAAUCAAUAAUAAGGGUCUUUUUUAUCUCACACUUCAGCAAGACCAAAAAAUCAACCUAUCCAAUCAAAAACCCCUUUUGGAUUGGAUGGGAAUGAAUGAAGAAAUACUAAGUCGUCCCAUAUCAAAUCUGGAACUUUGGUUCUUGCCAGAAUUUGUGAGACUUUAUAAUACGUAUAAAAUGAAACCGUGGGUUAUACCAAUUAAAUUACUACUUUUUAAUUCUAAUAUAAAAAAAAAUGCUAGUGAAAACAAAAGCAUCACUGGAAAUAAAAAAAGAGAUCCUUUUAUAUCAAUAUCGUCGAAUGAAAAAAAAUCUCUUGAAUUAGAAAACCGAAAUCAAGGAGAAAAAGAAUCCAUGGGCCAAGCAGAUCUUAAAUCAGCUCUUUCAAACCAAGAAAAAGAUGUUGAAGAAGAUUAUACGGGAUCGGACAUGAAAAAACAUAGAAAUAAAAAGCAAUACAAGAUAAAAUACAAAAGCGGAGUUUGAUUUCUUCCUAAAAAGGUAUUUGUAUUUUCAAUUGAGAUGGGAUGAUUCUUUAAAUAAAAAAAUAAUCAAUAACAUCAACGUAUAUUGUCUCCUGCUUAGACUGAUAAAUCCAAGAGAAAUUACUAUAUCCUCUAUUCAAAGGGGCGAAAUGAGUCUGGAUAUUUUGACGAUUCAGAAAGAUGUAACUCUUACAGAAUUUAUUAAAAGGGGAUUUUUGAUUAUUGAACCAAUUCGUCUAGCUAUAAAAAAUGAUGGAAAAUUUAUUAUGUAUCAAACCCUCGGUAUUUCAUUAGUUCAUAAAAGUAAACAUCAAAUAAAUCAAAGAUACCGAGAAAAAAAACAUGUUGAUAAGAAUUCUGAUGAAGUCAUUACAAAACAUCAAAAGAUGACUGGAAAUAGAUAUAAAAAAAAUUAUGAUUUGUUUGUUCCUGAAAAUAUUUUAUCGCCUAGACGUCGUAGAGAAUUGCGAAUUCUAAUUUGUUUAAAUUCUAAGAAUAGACAUAGAAAGGCAUCUUUUUGUAAUGGGAAUGAGGUAAACAGUCAAGUUGUGGAUAAAAGCAAAAAAUAUAAAAAAAAACUUAUAAAAUUAAAGCUAUUUCUUUGGCCCAAUUAUCGAUUAGAAGAUUUAGCUUGUAUGAAUCGUUAUUGGUUUAAUACCAAUAAUGGCAGUUGUUUCAGUAUGGUAAGGAUACAUAUGUAUCCGCGAUUGAAAAUUCAUUAAUAGUAAAUUUUUCCUAUAUUUCCCAUACCAUAUCUGGUCUAUGACGACAAAGAGAUACACGCAUACAUUGUCUUACAUUCCAUUCUGAUACAUGAUACUAAUUCAAUGACAUAUCAAUUAGAUCUAGAAUGAACAAAAUUUUCUUAUUUUAGGUCUAAACUUUUAUCUUUUGUGAGUGAAGAAACCAACCAUACUUUUGUAUCCCCUUUCAAAUCCAAUUUUAAAAUGAAAAUAGGAUUGAGUAAGUUUUAUUAAAUAAAAAAAAAAUUAGAAAUUAAUAACGAAAUACAAAUUUUUGUAUAUACCAAAUAAAAAUUAGGGGCAUUAUUAUUACUGAUCAAUAAAGAUAUCUAUCAAUAAAAAAUAUCUUAAAAUAAAAAGAGGGGGGGGAGAGAAGAUUUCAGUUUAUGGUAAAAAAUUCAUUCAUCUCAGUUAUUUCACAAGAAGAAAAAGACGAAAACAGAGGAUCUGUUGAAUUUCAAAUAGUUAGUUUCACCAAUAGGAUACGAAGACUUACUUCACAUUUACAAUUACACAAAAAAGACUAUUUAUCUCAGAGAGGUUUACGUAAAAUUCUGGGAAAACGCCAACGAUUACUGUCUUAUUUGUCAAAGAAAAAUAGAAUAUGUUAUAAAGAAUUAAUUAAUCGGUUGGAUAUUCGGGAGUCAAAAACUCGUUAAUUUUAUUUUUCUAAAGGCAUUUUGAAUUAUUUGAUUUAUUAGAUCUUGAAUUUUAAUGAACUUUUUUUCGUUUUCAGCAAUUCAUGAAAGAAUGAAUCGAGGAAAAACCUAUGAAUAUACCGGCUACAAGAAAAGACCUCAUGAUAGUCAAUAUGGGCCCCCACCACCCAUCAAUGCAUGGUGUUCUUCGACUCAUCAUUACUCUAGAUGGUGAAGAUGUUAUUGACUGUGAACCAAUAUUGGGUUAUUUACACCGAGGAAUGGAAAAAAUUGCGGAAAAUCGAACAAUUAUACAAUAUUUGCCUUAUGUAACACGGUGGGAUUAUUUAGCUACUAUGUUCACAGAAGCAAUAACUGUAAACGGACCAGAACAGUUGGGAAAUAUUCAAGUACCUAAAAGAGCCAGCUAUAUCAGAAUAAUUAUGUUGGAGUUGAGUCGUAUAGCUUCUCAUCUGUUAUGGCUCGGUCCUUUUAUGGCGGAUAUUGGUGCACAAACUCCCUUUUUCUAUAUUUUCAGAGAAAGAGAAUUAGUAUAUGAUCUAUUCGAAGCUGCCACCGGUAUGAGAAUGAUGCAUAAUUAUUUUCGUAUCGGAGGAGUAGCGGCCGAUCUACCUCAUGGCUGGAUAGAUAAAUGUUUGGAUUUCUGCGAUUAUUUUUUAACAAGAGUUGCUGAAUAUCAAAAACUUAUUACACGAAAUCCUAUUUUUUUAGAACGAGUCGAGGGAGUAGGCAUUAUUGGUAGAGAGGAAGUAAUAAAUUGGGGUUUAUCGGGACCAAUGCUGCGAGCUUCCGGAAUACAAUGGGAUCUUCGUAAAGUUGAUCAUUAUGAAUGUUACGACGAAUUUGAUUGGGAAGUACAGUGGCAAAAAGAAGGAGAUUCAUUGGCUCGUUAUCUAGUCCGAAUUGGUGAAAUGAUAGAAUCCGUAAAAAUUAUUCAACAGGCCCUGGAAGGAAUUCCAGGGGGACCCUAUGAGAAUUUAGAAAUACGAUACUUUGAUAGAGAAAGGAAUCCGGAAUGGAAUGAUUUUGAAUAUCGAUUUAUUAGUAAAAAGCCGUCUCCUACAUUUGAAUUGCCGAAACAAGAACUUUAUGUGAGAGUAGAAGCCCCAAAGGGAGAAUUGGGAAUUUUUCUCAUAGGGGAUCAGAGUGGUUUUCCUUGGAGAUGGAAAAUCCGCCCGCCGGGUUUUAUCAAUUUGCAAAUUCUUCCGCGGUUAGUUAAAAGAAUGAAAUUGGCUGAUAUUAUGACGAUACUAGGUAGUAUAGAUAUCAUUAUGGGAGAAGUUGAUCGUUGA